CUGCCCUUUCACCAAUCACCCACCAACCCGCCGCCGGUGCGUCCCCUGCAGGCUCCUCCUCCUCUUCUUCCAUGCAGGCUCGCACGCACACGUGGCACGCCCGCGUUGCCUUCCUACUCCCGCCGCCGACCGCCUGUCUCUUCGUCCCAGAAGGCCCCCUCCGCCACAGCCAUGUGUGUAUAAAUUCGUCGCCCCCUGCCGCCGCAUCCAUCUCCAUCCCUGGGCUGGAGGCUGCAGGAGAGCGCUUCGUUCCCGCUGUGCCGUGCUCGCUUCGUCUUCUCCAUUCCACCGCCGCCGCCGCCGCCGCCGCCAAGAAAACAAGGCAUGCUAAAUCUGGCAGCGUACCAUUAUUAUUAGGCAGCCAUUACUCAGCACUCACUCACUGCUGUUAGAGAGGCGUUUCCAAUUCCAAUUCCAUUUCCAUUUCGCCGCGACGACCGGCCGGGAGGAUCUCGAUCGUCGGACAUCGGAGAACGAAGCUAGUCCAGGCCGCCGCCGCCGCGCGCCGGCUGUUCUUGGAAACAGGCCGCCGCCCCGGCGUACGUCGUCGCGGCGAGAGUCUGCUCGGAGUUUCACGGUGGUUUCCAUUUGAUCGAUUCGGACACGCAUGAUUGAUUGAUCGCCCGGCUGGUUGGUCUGUCGUUCGUCGCCGGCGUGCUUCUCGUGCAAUGAGCGACGUCUCCGUCCGCUUUGUGGUGGCGGUGGCGGUGGCGGCGGUGGCCGCCAUCUCGCUCGCCGCCGCGGUGUCCGCCGCGUCCGCCGCUCACGACUACGGCGACGCGCUGCACAAGAGCCUGCUCUACUUCGAGGCGCAGCGGUCGGGGCGUCUACCGUACAACCAGCGGGUGCGGUGGCGUGGCCACUCGGGGCUCACCGACGGGCUGGAGCAAGGCGUGGACCUGGUGGGCGGCUACUACGACGCCGGCGACCACGUGAAGUUCGGCCUGCCCAUGGCGUUCACGGUGACGCUCCUCUCCUGGGGCAUGCUCGAGUACGGCGGCGGCGUGGCGGACGCCGGGGAGCUGGCGCACGCGCUGCAGGCCAUCAAGUGGGGCACCGACUACUUCGUCAAGGCGCACACGGCGCCCACCGAGCUGUGGGCGCAGGUGGGCGACGGCGACUCCGACCACUACUGCUGGCAGCGGCCCGAGGACAUGACCACGUCGCGGCGGGCGUACAAGGUGGACGCGGAACACCCGGGCUCCGAGGUCGCCGCCGAGACCGCCGCCGCCAUGGCCGCCGCGUCCGCCGUGUUCCGCGCCGCCGGCGACGCGCACUACGCGCACCUGCUGCUCCACCACGCGCAGCAGCUGUUCGACUUCGCCGACACCUACCGGGGACGCUACGACGACAGCGUCGACGUGGUCAAGAGCUACUACCCGUCCUCCAGCGGCUACCAGGACGAGCUGCUGUGGGCGGCGCUCUGGCUGCACCGCGUCACCGGCCGCCGUGACUACCUCCGCUACGCGCUCGACAACGCCGAGGCGUUCGGCGGCACCGGCUGGGCCGUCUCCGAGUUCAGCUGGGACAUCAAGUACGCCGGCCUCCAGGUUCUCGCAUCCCAGCUGCUGGUGGAGGCGAAGGAGCAGCGGCUGCGGCUGAGCGCGGAGGAGGUGGCGGUGGUGGAGCAGCUGCGGUCCAAGGCGGAGUACUACGUGUGCUCGUGCAUGAACCGGAACCCCGGCGGCGCGAAGCACAACGCCGGCCGCACCCCGGCGGGGCUGCUCUUCAUCCGCCCCUGGAACAACCUCCAGUACGCCUCCGGCGCGGCCUUCCUCCUCACCGUCUACUCCGACGUCCUCUCCUCCCUCGACCAGCCCCUCCGCUGCGGCGGCUCUGGCGACGACGACGGCGAGCCCGCCGCCGCCGGCGACGCCGGCGAGGUGCUGGCGUUCGCCAAGUCCCAGGCCGACUACAUCCUGGGCACGAACCCGAUGCGCACCAGCUACCUGGUCGGGUACGGCGCGGCGUACCCGCGGCAGGUGCACCACCGCGCGGCGUCGAGCGCGUCGUACAGUCACGACCGGGACUUCAUCGGCUGCCUGCAGGGGUUCGACUCGUGGUACAGCGCGCGGCGGGAGAACCCAAACGACCUCGUCGGCGCCGUCGUCGGCGGGCCCAACGGCGAGGACGUCUUCAACGACCAGCGCGGCGCGUACAUGCAGACCGAGGCCUGCACGUACAACACGGCGCCCAUGGUCGGGGUCUUCUCCAAGCUCAUGCAGCUGGAGGGGCAGUCGCCGCGCCCGGCGCCGGCGCCGGCGGAGGAUCUUUGAUAGAAGACGUCGUUUUCCUUGAAAGAUUUCAAUGACAAAUGGUGGGAAAUAAACAUUUCAUUUCAUUUAAAAAGAGUACAGGGAGAUGUGAUAUUGAUUUUAGGAUGGAUGUGUGUGUAUACAUGAUGAUUCUUUUUGUUAAUUCCUACUAGAGACUACCGUAAUUGUUUCAUGUUUUUGCACAUAACAAAGGAAUCGAAAAGAAGGAAUAUAAUUUUCAAGUGGACCA